AUGCUAGUCUCAAAACCUCUCAUCAUGAAGACCUUCGAGACUCAAGACGAACCCGUCCCUGGAUCUCCGGCCUCCACCACCACCUCCGAUGCGGUCAAAGAUCCCGUAGCCGCCCAGGAAGCAUGCAAGCUCCAGCUCUUCAUCGCCGAGUGCUCCCUCUGCGAAAUCAUCGAGCAGUUCGUCUCUAGCUUCGUCCGCGGCGCGUCUCAGCGCGUAUUCCUAGACGGCGGGCGUCGCACGGAGCUAUAUAACAAACUCCUCUGCUGGAAACUUUCCCUCCCGGAAAGCUUCACCACGGGAGACAGCGUUCUGCCUUCUGUUUUACUCCUUCAAUCAACGUACGACUUCGUAUGCCUCAAGCUCCUCUCGGCCUUCACCGGCACCGACUUCGACGGCCGCAACGCCGACGCCCUCCUCCACCUCCACGCCAGCUCCCUCGUCAACACCCUCUGGCUCCACCGCAGCCUGCACACCCUCCGCCACGAGUACUGGGCCGCCGAGCACUGCGCCUUCGCCGCCCGCGUCCUCCUGUCGCGUCUCGAGUCCGCGCACGACAUCGUCGCCAGGGCGUGCUGGCUGCUCUGCGAGAUGAGCGCCGGCGGCCUCUCGGCCCGCGCGGCGCAGCUGCUGGGCGAGAUCGAGGAGACGGCGAGGGCGAUGGGAGUGCGGGUUCCGGCGUACGGGAGAGCGUCGUCGAGGUCGCCCGAGGUUGUCGAUGUCGCGCCAGGGUUCGUCGUGAGGGGCGCGCGGGUGUUUGAUGGUUCUGUUCGUGGCGGCGUGCUGGGGGACCGGUGUGACGUUGCUUUCAGGGGGAAUAUUUGUGAUGUCCGACCAGGAAUUUGA